GUGCAGACGGCGUUGCGCAUGCUCCGUCGAGGUCCGGCUCGGUUUCUGUUGCGGGGCCCGCGGUGUCUCCCAGCUCUACCGGAACUAAGCCGUCGUGGGGCUGGCCUCCCUCACUUCCAGCGGCCUCGUCGGGCCUCGUCGUAAUCUCCGAGCCUUCCCGUCCCUUCUCCCCUUUUCACCCCCUAGGCUCGGUUGCCCUUUCCCCGAAGCAGCCGUCAUGAGCGCCAGGCAGCGGGUGUCGUCUCCACCUCGGGGGCCGCGGUGGUUGCUGCUGUCGCUUCUUCUGCUAGGAGCAGCACCAGGCCCGCGCCCGGGAAGCGCCUUCUACCUGCCGGGGCUGGCGCCGGUCAACUUCUGCGAAAAAGAUAAGAAGAGUGACGAGUGCAAGGCUGAAAUAGAACUAUUUGUGAACAGGCUUGAUUCAGUGGAAUCUGUUCUUCCUUAUGAAUAUACAGCAUUUGAUUUUUGCCAGGCAUCAGAAGGAAAACGUCCAUCUGAAAAUCUUGGUCAAGUAUUAUUUGGAGAAAGAAUUGAACCUUCUCCAUAUAAGUUUACAUUUAAUGAGGAAAAAACCUGUAACCUUGUUUGUACAAAGACAUACAAUACAGAGAAAGCUGAAGACAAACAGAAGUUAGAUUUCUUGAAAAAAAGCAUGUUACUGAAUUAUCAACAUCACUGGAUUGUGGAUAAUAUGCCUGUCACGUGGUGUUACGAGGUUGAAGAUAGUCAGAGGUUCUGCAAUCCUGGAUUUCCUAUUGGCUGUUACAUUACAGAUAAAGGCCGUGCAAAAGAUGCCUGUGUUAUUAAUUCAGAAUUCCACGAGAGAGACACAUUUUACAUCUUCAACCAUGUUGACAUCAAAAUAUACUAUCAUGUUGUUGAGACGGGAUCCAUGGGAGCAAGAUUAGUGGCUGCUAAACUUGAACCAAAAAGCUUCAAACAUACCCAUAUAGAUAAACCAGACUGCUCUGGACCUCCCAUGGAUAUAAAUAACAAGGCCUCUGGGGAGAUCAAAAUUGCCUAUACUUAUUCUGUUAGUUUCGAGGAAGACAAAAAUAUCAGAUGGGCAUCUAGAUGGGACUAUAUUCUGGAAUCUAUGCCUCACACCCACAUUCAGUGGUUCAGCAUAAUGAAUUCCCUUGUCAUUGUUCUCUUCUUAUCUGGAAUGGUGGCUAUGAUUAUGUUACGGACACUGCAUAAAGAUAUUGCCAGAUAUAAUCAGAUGGAUUCUACAGAGGAUGCCCAAGAAGAAUUUGGCUGGAAACUAGUUCAUGGUGACAUAUUCCGUCCCCCAAGAAAAGGGAUGCUUCUGUCAGUCUUCCUAGGAUCCGGGACACAGAUUUUAAUUAUGACUUUUGUGACCUUGUUUUUUGCCUGCCUGGGGUUUUUGUCCCCUGCCAACCGAGGCGCGCUGAUGACAUGUGCUGUGGUCCUGUGGGUGCUGCUGGGCACUCCUGCGGGCUACGUUGCCGCCAGAUUCUAUAAGUCUUUUGGAGGUGAAAAGUGGAAAACAAAUGUUCUGUUGACAUCAUUUCUUUGUCCUGGGAUCGUGUUUGCUGACUUCUUCAUAAUGAAUCUAAUCCUCUGGGGAGAAGGAUCGUCAGCAGCUAUUCCCUUUGGCACACUGGUUGCCAUCCUCGCCCUUUGGUUCUGCAUAUCUGUGCCUCUGACAUUUAUUGGUGCAUACUUUGGUUUUAAGAAGAAUGCCAUUGAACACCCAGUUCGAACCAAUCAGAUUCCACGUCAGAUUCCUGAGCAGUCUUUCUACACAAAGCCCUUGCCCGGUAUUAUCAUGGGAGGGAUUUUGCCCUUUGGCUGCAUCUUUAUACAGCUCUUCUUCAUUCUGAAUAGCAUUUGGUCACACCAGAUGUAUUAUAUGUUUGGCUUCCUGUUUCUGGUGUUUAUCAUUUUGGUUAUUACAUGUUCUGAAGCAACUAUACUUCUUUGUUAUUUCCACCUAUGUGCAGAGGAUUACCAUUGGCAGUGGCGUUCAUUCCUCACCAGCGGCUUCACUGCGGUGUAUUUCUUAAUAUAUGCAAUACAUUACUUCUUUUCAAAGCUGCAGAUUACAGGAACAGCAAGUACAAUUCUGUACUUCGGGUAUACCAUGAUAAUGGUUUUGAUCUUCUUUCUUUUUACAGGAACUAUUGGCUUCUUUGCAUGCUUUUGGUUUGUUACCAAAAUAUACAGUGUGGUAAAGGUUGACUGAAGAAACCCAGUGUGUCCAGUAAAAACAGAAAUAAAGUUCUUCAUCCACAAAGACCUGUUUUUGUGACUACCUUGGGUUUUGUCAGACUUACUGGCCUAGUAAUCCUACGAAACAACACGCUUCUACAUACACCUCUUCCCGUACACCUGUCCCCACAAAACGUGUGUUCAACACUAAAGCGUUUGUGUUGUGAUUCAAGUAUAUAUUCAGUUGUUCUCAAUGAAGAGCAAAUUUAAAUAUUAUGUGCAUUUGUAAAUAUAGUAGCUAUAAAGUUUUCAAUACUUUUCAUGGCAGAAUAGAGGAGGCCAUAAUACUGGUGAAAUGCAGGACAGUUCAUUGUAAAUAGGAUUUUCUAGGCUUGGUAGGUGGAAAGAAUUAUUUUUCUUUGAAGGAAAUAACUUUUUAUCAUGGUAAUUUUGAAGGAUGAUUCCUAUGAUGUGCUCUCUGGGGGAGUGUGGCUUUUAAAGAUCUUGUGUUGGUUGUAACUGUUCAUAUCUUCUUACUUCUCUGUGUUGACUUCAUUAUUCCCAUGGUAUUGGCCUUUUAAACUAUGUGCCUCUGAGUCUUUCAAUUUAUAAAUUUGUUACCUUAAUAAAUAUUUAAAAACA